AUGAUUCCGUCUUUGACCUUCACUGCUGCCCUUCUUGGACUUGCCUCUGCAUCUCCUUUGGGUCUUCCUGGCUUCAAGCGCUUUGCUCCCAGCAAGCUGGGACACCUUCACAAGCGUCAAGUUCCUCAGGAGCAUUCGCAUGAUUUCGUCCUCGUCAUCACCCGCGAGUUUCUCAACUUGGAUAACCCCAAGAAUAUCCAGGACCCCGUCUUUGGCCUCUUGGGCGAUGGCGCUGCCGCCGCUGGUGCGGGAGAUGUCACCAACCUCGCCUGUCUGAAGCAGGAAACGGCCGAUCAAGCCUUUACCAACGCAAAGGCUGCCGGUGAUCUCCGCGGUAUGGCUGGUGCUCUUUUGUUCCAGGCUAUCGAGCGCAACACGGCCGGUGUUGGCGUUGCUAGCAAGCUGUGCACUGAGGCGGCUGUCAACCCAGAGAUUGGGGCUCUGACGCAGCACCAGGAUGCUGCUUCGGAGAAUGCUGGGGCCUUGAACAAGGCUAUUACUCUUGAGCUGGCGAAGCAGUUGGCUGGUAUUGGUGCUGAUCCUAACCUGGCUCUCCUGAGUGGUACUUUUGCGCCUGGCGAUGCUGGUGACGCGACUGGAAAGGGAAACUCUUGCGACACUGAGGAACCUGAACUCGGCUGCAUCUUCUCUGAGAAGCUUCUCGUCCUCGACGCCAGCGAAGAUGAGAUUGCCGCUGCCGUGGCUGAUGUCGCCCAGACCUUUACUGGUACUGGAGGCAUCGCCGCUACUGAUUUGGUCAACCUGGCUGAUUUCAGUGUUGCCUCUGUCACUGGCACUGUUGAUCUCAGUACCAUUGUUAACGGUGGCUCUGGUGGUGCCGGUGCUACUGGGGUUGCUUCUGGAGUGGCCUCGGAAACUGCUGCUGCUUCUGAUGCCUUCACUGGCACCCUCGGCGGUCCUGCUCCCCCCGUCGUCUCCUCCGCCGGCGACCGACCCUUCGCAGUCAACGGAAACACCUUUACUGGCGCUGGUGCUGCUAUCAGCCGGUCUUGCGAUAUCCAGCACAAUGCCUGUGCCAACGCCGCCAACUCUGGCGAGCUUGAUGGUGGCAUCGCUCAGUGCGAGACCCAAGUCAGCGAAUGCAAAGCCGCGAACUCCCUGAAGAAGCGACAGGCCGGUAGCUUUGGAUCUUGCUCCGAUCCUAGCAUCAUCUUUGCUGCAGGACUUGACGGUCGCACGGAAGAAGCCUUCGCGCCAUCCAACGACGCCGACUUUAACCACGGAUCUGCGCAAAAGAUUGGCAUCAUUGCCGAUUUCAUCUGCCAGCGUCUUGGAGAUAGCUGCAAGGCUGAUGCAGACGUUGUAGCCAGCUGCACCAGCGCCGCAGCCGCCGCAAAGGCGACGACUCAGGACCAGGCUGCUGCUGAUGUCUUCAACGCUGGCCUCGGAGUUGAGGCUGGUAGUGGCGAUGCGAGUGGGAACGGGGGAGACGCUGUUGUGACUAGUGCUGCGGCUGUUAGCACGGGUGCUGCUGAUGCUGGAGGAGCUCAAGCUGUUGUAAUGACUAUUACUCAAUGCGCAUGA